GACGGGGGUGGGGCUUGCAGGGGGCGGGGCUGCCGAGCAUCUCCGGCAGGCGCCGCGCCGCAGGCUUCCACAAUGUUUGCCCAGUGCCCCUGGCCAUGGGUGAGCCCCGUGCUGCUGAUCGCGCUGCUGUGCUGCAUCCUUUCUCCUCCAGCACAAGCCAUCAAGAGCUCGGAGGACAUGCGCUGCAAGUGUGUCUGUCCCCCGUACCGCAACAUCACUGGGCAGAUCUACAAGAAGAAUGUGUCGCAGAAGGACUGCAACUGCCUGCACGUUGUGGAGCCGAUGCCGGUGCCGGGCAGCGAUGUGGAGGCCUAUUGCCUGCUGUGCGAGUGCAAGUACGAGGAGCGCAGCACCACCACCAUCAAGGUGAUCAUCAUCAUUUACUUGUCGGUGGUGGGGGCACUGCUGCUUUACAUGGCAUUCCUGGUGCUGGUGGACCCUCUGAUCCGGAAGCCAGAUGCUUAUACCCAGCCCCUGCACAACGAGGAGGAGAACGAGGACGCUCGCUCCUUGGCCGCGGCACCCACCCCGUCUGGCGCGAGAGCCAACACGGUGCUGGAGCGGGUGGAGGGCGCCCAGCAGCGCUGGAAGCGCCAGGUGCAGGAGCAGAGGAAGACUGUUUUCGACCGCCACAAGAUGCUGAGCUAGAUCCUUGCACCACUUUCCAAGAGACAGGGCAGCUCCGCCGGUUGAGACAGACGCCCGUGGUGUUUGCCGGGGAGCUCUCACCCUCUCUGAUUUACCGUCUUCGUCGAGAGAAGCAGACCAAAACGCUUGCCUCCAGUUUUGUCCCCUUGCCCUUCACCUCUCGGCCCAGAGGCUCCUAAACCCUCGCUCGGCUGACAUCUGCACUGAUUGUUCGCCCCGUGGCUGCUUGUAAACGCCGGUCGGACACAGCGCUGGUGCUCAAGCGGCGGCCGCAGCUCCAGCGCGUUGUGCUCAGCCAGCACCAUGUGCUGGGACCGAAGUCACCGUCGGCCCAUCCCACACCAGAGACUGGGGUCUCAGCACUGGGUGUUGGAAGCUGAGUCUUCCUGGGAUAAAAAUAGGGGGGUAAUUCUUCUGUGGGAUAAAUUGUUGCUUCUUAGAAGGAAGGAGCCUCCUCCUCCCCCAGAUUGUGCCGAUGUUAACUGGGCAUCGUGGUGCAGAGCCCAGCGCGGUGCAGCGGGAGGAGGAGGAGGUUCCCUGCUGCUGCUCGCUGGUGUAAACGGGGUGGAUUCCCACUCCCUUCAGUGGAGUCCAUCCAGAUUUACACCAGCAUAACUGAGACUGCAGCUUGUUUCUGUGUAGGUGAAUACCGCAGACUGAUUAGUACAUUCAGGUAAAAGGUUGAUUUAGAUUUAGAUCUUUUCCUGCCUUAGCAGUGGAUAAAAACAUACUGGGGAGAAAGCUUCCUGUUUGUGCCCGGGUUGGUGACCUGUGACACACUCACCGUGCAGCCAGGAGCAAUUGUGUCCGAGAAAACUGGGGCAAAGGCUUUACUGAGGCACUGCAAAUGCUUCUCUGGGUCUUGGAGCCCUGGAAAGGGGACGAUUGUGCUGCUCUAAACCCUCCGAGAGCUCAGACUGGACCUGGGGUGUGUGGGGGAAGCUGAAGUGAUUCUGCCCUGUGUAUAUUGAACAUCGAUAAUGUCAGGAAGGUGCUGGGGUUUAUCAUAACCCAAACUACUCUGUGAUUCUAUGUAGCAUCUCUAUUAAAUGCAGACAAAGAUCUA